AUGCAUAUUAUCAAGCCCGUUUGGCUCACCCACGGGGGUAAGUUGGUCGUGCACGAUUCCUCGAGUUCCUGGCAUGGUCCACUAACUCCUACUCUUCUUUCUACAGGCGAACGGAAAGACUUCGAGGUCUACAGUUGCGACGUUUCCCCCGAUGGAAGUCGCCUCGUCACCGCCGCUGGAGAUGGGUAUGUGAGGAUAUGGUCUACUGAGGCCAUUCGCAACACGGACGACUCGUCCCAGAAGCCAAAACAACUGGCGUCCAUGAGCAAUCACUCGGGAACGAUCCAUACCGUUCGAUUUUCGCCAAACGGUAAAUACCUCGCAUCUGGCGCCGAUGACAAAAUCGUCUGCAUUUAUACCCUGGACGCGAACCCUCCAUCGCACUCGACGUUCGGCUGGUCAUACGAUUCAUCGAUCUUGGUGUCUGUUGGGUUGGAUUCGAAAGUGGUCGUGUGGUCGGGACAUACGUUCGAGAAACUCAAGACGCUAUCCGUACACCAAAGUCACGUCAAAGGCAUCACUUUCGAUCCGGCCAACAAAUAUUUCGCUACCGCUAGUGAUGACCGCACCGUGAAGAUCUUCCGCUUUACCUCUCCAGCUCCCAACUCGACCGCUCACGACCAAAUGAACAACUUUGUCCUCGAAACGACCAUCUCCGCGCCCUUCCAAAACUCUCCCCUUACAGCCUAUUUCCGCCGAUGCUCCUGGUCGCCUGAUGGCAUGCACAUUGCUGCUGCCAAUGCCGUGAACGGUCCGGUCAGUUCGGUAGCGAUUAUCAACCGUGGCUCCUGGGAUGGAGAUAUCAACCUCAUCGGGCACGAAGCCCCCGUCGAGGUCUGUGCGUUUUCGCCGCGACUCUACUCCACUCAGCCGCCGAACAAGCAAACACCCGAUAACCAGGGACAAGCGGUUACUGUGAUCGCGUGCGCCGGUGGCGACAAGUCUCUAAGUAUCUGGAUCACCACGAACCCACGACCGAUCGUCGUCGCGCAGGAGCUAGCUGCGAAGUCGAUUUCGGACCUGGCGUGGAGCCCGGAUGGCACAUGCCUCUAUGCGACAGCCUUGGAUGGCACGAUUCUCGCUGUCCGAUUCGAGGAUGGUGAUUUGGGUUAUCCGAUGGCCAUGGAGGAGAAUGAGAAGUCGCUCACCAAGUUCGGUACCAACCGCAGAGGCGCGGGCAUCACCGAGACUACAGACGGUCUACUCCUGGAGGAGAAGAGCAAGGCCGGUGAACUUAAAGGUGUGGAGGGCAGAAUGGGUGCGCUGAUGGGUGACGGUCAUGCGAGCGCAGAGGCUACUGUGAAUGGCAAAGCAUUAUCAUCUAACGGCGCCGCUCCUGCUCAGGGAACCUCACCUACGGCAGAUGCACAGAAGACACAGACGAACGGGACAACAACCCCGGCAGCCCAGGAAGCCGACAAGCCCGAUCCAUAUCAGGCGAAGCUGGAAAGACUGAAGCAACGACCCACGUAUACCAAGGACGGGAAAAAGCGCAUCGCUCCUCUCCUGGUGUCUGGCGCAGGAGCUGCCGAGUCGUCUCUGCCACAGGCACGGUUGAUGGCGUCGGUCAGCAGCCAAGUGAAGGCUGACACACCACAAUCUAUCGUCGACCUGUCGAAGCCUUUUGAUGGGUUACCGAAAGGCGGCCUGGCAGCACUUCUCUUUGGUAAUAAGCGCAAGCUUGCCCAACUAGAAGGAGACGAGGAUGGUCAUGUCGAAAAGCGGGUGGCUUUAGCAAGCCAGAAUGGCGCAACUCCCAUCAUGGCUAACACUCCCGAUGGCCUUCUGCCGGCACAGCCUCAACCGCCUGCUACCGGCCAGCAGCAGACACCGGAAUACAUUCGGCCAGCUGUGACAAAUCCCUGUAUGGCAAUCAGCCAGCUUCGCCUGGCGGUUCCGAAAGUCCGCAGCCAAAUUGUACGCGCUAUUGACUCGACCGGCAAGCCCACCGAGCCGCCCGGUGCGUCAAGCGAGGCGAACAAGUCUCGCGUGGAUCUGGUCUUCGAAGCACGCAAUCCAUCGCCCGCUAGCCUGACCGGCCGAGCGGUGGACCGGGAGCCAGUCCGCCUCACGCUCUUCCGUGGCGAACAGCCUCUGUGGCAGGAUUUCCUUCCGCGAACCGUGCUCUUGGUCACUGGUAACCAGAGCAUGUGGGCAGCCGCCUGUGAAGAUGGCUCAGUCUACAUUUGGACUCCAGCCGGCCGUCGCCUUGUCAGUGCGCUGGUUCUCGAGGCGCAGCCGGUGAUCUUGGAGUGUAACGGGCCGUGGAUCCUCUGUAUAUCAGCGGUAGGCAUGUGCUACGUGUGGAACGUGAAGCAUCUCUCCUCACCACACCCGCCUAUCUCGCUCCAACCCGUCCUUGAUGCGGCAGUUCACACAUUAGGCGCUCACCCAUCCAGCGCACCGGCGAUUACCAACGCGCGGAUCAACUCUGAGGGGCGGGUGAUCGUCGCAUUGUCCAACGGUGAGGGGUACGCCUACAGUCCGUCCAUGUACACGUGGCAGCGAAUGUCGGAAGCCUGGUGGGCAGUGGGCAGUCAGUACUGGAACACCACCGAAGCACCAGUGGGCAACCUCCAGUCUACGGACUCGCAGGACAAAGAUGCCAAGGCGGCGGUGUCGGCAGGCAUCAUCCCGUUCCUCGAGCGCAACACGACCAACGAGACGCUCCUCCGUGGACGCGCGUACUUCCUGCAGCGACUGAUCAAAGUCCUGCUCUCCCGCGAGGGCUAUGAGAGCUUCGAGUCCAGUGUGUCCAUCGCGCAUCUAGAGAACCGACUGGCUGCCGCACUGUCCCUAGGUGCCAAGGAGGAGUUCCGACUCUACCUGUCGAUGUAUGCCAAGCGAAUUGGGGCCGAGGGGUUGAAAAACAAGGUGGAAGAGCUGCUCAAAGGCUUGAUUGGGGGCAAACACCGGGAUCUCCAGCGAGUGACGGUGCCGUAUGCGAAGUUGCUAGGCGUGGUAGACGAGUCGGAGGCAGGGGAUGCCAUGGAGACGUAA